AGUUUCGCUCUUGUUGCCCAGGCUGGAGUGCAAUGGUGCAAUCUCGGCUCACUGCAACCUCCGCCUCCUGGAUUCAAGCAAUUCUCCUGCCUCAGCCUCCAGAGUAGCUGGGACUACAGGCACGCCCCACCACGCCCGGCUAAUUUUUUUUGUAUUUUUAGUAGAGACAGGGUUUCGCCAUGUUGCCCAGGCUGGUCUCAAACGCCUGACUUCAGGCGAUCCACCCACCUUGGCCUCCCAAAGUCUCGGGAUUACAGGCGUGAGCCACCGCGCCCGGCCGGCCACAACUUAUUAAGAAUACCUACCUAUCUGAUUUUCACCCCUUUCCUAUGAUGCUGAAUACCUAUCUGAUUUUUGCAGGAACUAUUUUCUGUAAUUUUGCUUCAAAUUACGCAGUUUUCUCUUUGGACAUUUUUACCUAUUCUGACAGCUCCUGCUUUACUCUUUCCAUUCUUUCUUGGAACUAGCUUUUUUUUUUUGACAAACUCCUUCCUUCAUCACAGUCAUCCCACUCAUCAUCUGACACUAUUCUGAGCACUCCUUUACUUUCUCUGGUGAUUUAAAAAAUAACGUUCAGCCAGGUGCGUGGCUCAGUCCAGUAAUCCCAACACUCUGGGAGGCGUAGGUGGGCGGAUGGCUUGAGUCCAUGAGUUCCCGACAAGCCUGGGCAACAUAGCGAAACCCCGCCUCUACAAAAAAUACAAAAUUUAGCCCAGAGUGGUGGUGCUACUCAGGAGGUUGAGGCAGGAUAGCUUGAGCCCAGGAGGUCGAGGCUGCAGUGAGCCGUGAUUGUACCACUGCACUCCAGCCUGAAUGACAGGGCGAUACCCAGUCUGGAAAUAAUAAUAACAAUAGUAACAAUGUUCAGCUUAACCUGUGAUGAGUGCCUUGACAUCAUCUCUUCAUGAAGAAGGUCCACCAAAAUAAAAUGGUUACAAUUAUUAGCCCUACAAAGCAUCAAAAAAAAAAAAAUCUGUCCCUGGCUUAGCCAUUAGCCACCAAAUCUGUGUGUUCAGGUGCUCUGUGACUGAAAAUCUUGCCCUCGACCUGGGCCUGAGUUACACUCUGAGGUUUGGGGGUUUCUCACACCACGGAAUUAUCACCUGAGCAACUUCAACCUGACAAAUCCCUCCUAACGCCCCGCUCUGAGACGCCUUUAGGCGGUCUCUGGAGUACGCAGUGUACGUUUUUUUUUUUUCUUUGAGACGAAGUCUCGCUCUGUCGCUAGGCUGGAGUGCAGUGGCGCGAUCUCGGCUCACGCAAGCUCUGCCUCCCAGGUUCAAGCGAUUCCCCUGCCUCAGCCACCCGAGUGGCUGGGACUACAAGCGCGCGCCAGCACGCCCGCCUAAUUUUUUUGUAUUUUAGUAGGGGUUUCACCAUGUUGGCCAGGAUGGUCUCGAUCUCCUGACCGCCUGAUCCGUCCGCCUCGGCCUCCCAAAGUGGUGGGAUUACAAGCGUCAGCCACCGCGCCCGGCCCUCAGUGUACCACUUUCCUUAUUUUAUUUUUUGAGACAGCGUCUCGCUCUGUCGCCCAGGCUGGACGCAAUGGAGCAGUCACGGAUCACUACAGCCUCGACCUCGCGGGCUCAAGAGAUUCUCCCGUCUUAGCCUCCUCAAAUUAGUGGGACCACAGGCUUGCGCCGCCACGCCCUGCCAUCGGUUCUCAUUUCCUUUUCCCAUCCUAGUCUUCAAUCAGGCAUCCUUUCGGCGCACAUUUCAGUGUCCUGCGGGGCUCACCAGUGUCCUUCCUCCAGGGCCUCAGGGUCAGUCAGAGAGAUCUUUCCCGCCGCUCCACUCCCUCCUCCUCCUCCCAUCUCCUCCCCACCCCUCCCUUCUCCUCUCCAGAAACGUCCUCGCUAGUCCGCCUCCCCCACCCGCCGUGUUGGCUCUCUGCUCCGCGCCCUGUCGGCCAACCGGCGGCUCAGCUCUGGGCGCGUCACAAUAGCGCUGUCGGCCCCGCCCCCGGACGCCGGACGCAGAAGCCCCGCCCUGCCGCGGUCCUUGCGUCCUUCCGGCUCCGUCGUGGAAGCAGGACUGCGCCGCGUCUUCCUUAAGGUUGAGAACAAAAAGAUGCACCUGGACUUUCCCCGGAGCCCUCUGCGUGGUUGAGCUUCGGUGGAAUUUCGGUGCUCUUGGCUGCCAGCCGCGCUUGCCUGGUAGCAACAGAAACCAGUCCCGCUCGCCUCCGUGGACAGUUCAUUACCGUCCAGAAGUGUCUCCCACUGAAGGCAUCCACAGUUGUUUUUAAGCCACAAAAAAGCCACACCCAAGAUCACCUGACACCUACCCUGUCAAGUGUCCAUGAUGCUGGGCCCUGAGGGAGGUGAAGGCUUUGUGGUCAAGCUCCGUGGCCUGCCCUGGUCCUGCUCUAUUGAGGACGUGCAGAACUUCCUCUCUGACUGCACGAUUCAUGAUGGGGCCGCAGGUGUCCAUUUCAUCUACACUAGAGAGGGCAGGCAGAGUGGUGAGGCUUUUGUUGAACUUGGAUCAGAAGAUGAUGUAAAAAUGGCCCUGAAAAAAGACAGGGAAAGCAUGGGACACCGGUACAUUGAGGUGUUCAAGUCCCACAGAACCGAGAUGGAUUGGGUGUUGAAGCACAGCGGUCCCAACAGUGCCGACAGCGCCAACGAUGGCUUCGUGCGGCUUCGAGGACUCCCAUUUGGAUGCACAAAGGAAGAAAUUGUUCAGUUCUUCUCAGGGUUGGAAAUUGUGCCAAACGGGAUCACAUUGCCUGUGGACCCCGAAGGCAAGAUUACAGGGGAAGCAUUCGUGCAGUUUGCCUCCCAGGAGUUAGCUGAGAAGGCUCUAGGGAAGCACAAGGAGAGGAUAGGGCACAGGUACAUUGAGGUGUUUAAGAGCAGCCAAGAGGAAGUUAGGUCAUACUCAGAUGCCCCUCUGAAGUUCAUGUCCGUGCAGCGACCAGGGCCCUAUGACCGGCCCGGGACUGCCAGGAGGUACAUUGGCAUCGUGAAGCAGGCAGGCCUGGAGAGGAUGAGGCCCGGUGCCUACAGCACAGGCUAUGGGGGCUACGAGGAGUACAGUGGCCUCAGUGAUGGCUACGGCUUCACCACCGACCUUUUCGGGAGAGACCUCAGCUACUGUCUCUCCGGAAUGUAUGACCACAGAUACGGCGACAGUGAGUUCACAGUGCAGAGCACCACAGGCCACUGUGUCCACAUGAGGGGCCUGCCAUACAAAGCGACCGAGAACGACAUUUACAACUUCUUCUCUCCUCUCAACCCUGUGAGAGUCCAUAUUGAGAUCGGCCCAGAUGGAAGAGUGACGGGUGAAGCAGAUGUUGAGUUUGCUACUCAUGAAGAAGCUGUGGCAGCUAUGUCCAAAGACAGGGCCAAUAUGCAGCACAGAUACAUAGAACUCUUCUUGAAUUCAACAACAGGGGCCAGCAAUGGGGCGUAUAGCAGCCAGGUGAUGCAAGGCAUGGGGGUGUCUGCCGCCCAGGCCACUUAUAGUGGCCUGGAGAGCCAGUCAGUGAGUGGCUGUUACGGGGCCAGCUACAGUGGGCAGAACAGCAUGGGUGGCUAUGACUAGUUUUGUUAGGAACAUUUGAGUUAUUUCAAUCAAAUUUUCACAGGCAGCCAACAAGCAAUUAAGAGCAGUUAUAAUAGAGGAAGCUGGGGGACCCAUUUUGCACCGUGAGUUUGUGAAAAAUCUGGAUUAAAAAAUUACCUCUUCAGUGUUUUCUCAUGCAAAAUUUUCUUCUAGCAUGUGAUAAUGAGUAAACUAAAACUAUUUUCAGCUUUUCUCAAUUAACAUUUUGGUAGUAUACUUCAGAGUGAUGUUAUCUGAGUUUAAGUAGUUUAAGUAUGUUAAAUGUGGAUCUUUUACACCACAUCACAGUGAACACACUGGGGAGACGUGCUUUUUUGGAAAACUCAAAGGUGCUAGCUCCCUGAUUCAAAGAAAUAUUUCUCAUGUUUGUUCAUUCUAGUUUAUAUUUUCAUUUAAGAUCCUUUAGGUUAAGUUUAAGCUUUUUAAAAGUUAGUUUUGAGAAUUGAGACACAAUACUAAUACUGUAGGAAUUGGUGAGGCCUUGACUUAAAACUUUCUUUGUACUGUGAUUUCCUUUUGGGUGUAUUUUGCUAAGUGAAACUUGUUAAAUUUUUUGUUAACUAAAUUUUUUUCUUAAAAUAAAGACUUUUUCACAAUGA